AUUUUCGGCACUUUUAUUGCCGUCUCGCGCGUGUGUUUGCGGCGUGUUUUCGUGUGUGUGUGCAGUUGCAGUUCUGCAAAUUUCAUGUGUGUUGAAACGAAACGGAGAGGCGAAGGAGAGCUAAAGAGAGCAGCGACUGGAGCGAACGAGAGGGAGCCACUCUAGCCACCGGACUAGCGACAAUCAACAAUCGACAAGUGACACUCGCCCAGAGAACAUCAUCCAAUCCACUCGACCAACGACCAACCAUAUCCACAUUCACAUUCACAUCCACAUCCGCCAGAGACGCACACCGCAUCGGAUCACAUUCACAUCGGAUCGGAUCGAAGCCCAUUUCUACCAACUAGCCAACCAUGGCCUGGCGAUUCAAGGCUUCUAAGUACAAAAAUGCCGCACCCAUUGUGCCCAAGGCGGAGGCCUGCGUCCGCGAGAUUUGCGUGGGCAGCUACCAGACGUACGGCAACAACAUCGCCGCCUCCGGUGCCUUUAUGGCCUUCAACUGGGAGCACACCGGCUCCAGCGUGGCGGUCCUGCCGCUGGACGACUGCGGUCGCAAGAGCAAGACCAUGCCGCUGCUCCACGGCCACACGGACACAGUGACGGACCUCAAGUUCUCGCCGUUUCACGACGGCCUGCUGGCCACCGCCUCGCAGGAUUGUCUGGUUAAGAUCUGGCACAUACCGGAAAAAGGUCUAGAACAGUCCCUUUCCGAUCCGGAGGCCAUCUUCUCACACAAGCAGCGACGCGUGGAGACGGUGGGCUUCCAUCCAACGGCCGAUGGCUUGAUGUACUCCACAGCCGCCGGCUGCGUGGCACUCUUUGAUCUCAGCACCCAGAAGGAGAUCUUCUCGAACAAUGAGCAUCCCGAGGUGAUACAGUCGGCUAGUUGGCGCGAGGACGGUUCCGUUUUGGCCACCAGCUGCAAGGACAAGUGUGUGCGAAUCUUUGAUCCCCGAGCUGCCGGUUCACCCAUUCAGCUGACUGCCGAAUCGCACCAGAGCAUCAAGGAUUCACGGGUUGUGUGGUUGGGCAAUCAGCAGCGCAUCCUGACCACCGGCUUUGAUGCGGCCCGACUGCGUCAGGUGAUCAUUCGUGAUGUGCGCAACUUCAAUACGCCGGAGAAGACUCUCGAACUGGACUGCUCAACGGGCAUUCUCAUGCCACUCUUUGAUCCGGAUACCAAUAUGCUUUUCUUGGCCGGAAAGGGUGACACGACUAUAAACUAUUUGGAGAUUACGGACAAGGAUCCGUAUUUGAUUGAGGGAUUGCGACACACCGGCGAGCAGACGAAGGGAGCUUGUUUGGUGCCCAAGCGGGCACUCAAAGUCAUGGAGGCAGAGGUCAAUCGAGUGCUGCAACUGACCUCAAACAUGGUCAUUCCCAUCAUGUACCAGGUGCCCAGAAAGACAUAUCGGGAUUUCCAUGCCGAUCUCUACCCGGAGACUACUGGCUACAAGACGGAGCUGGUGGCCGGCGAAUGGCUGGAUGGCAGCAACCAGGCGGUGCCCAAGAUGAGCCUCGAUCCCGCCAAGCGCGAGCAUGGCGAUGAGCCCAUUAUUAUUCAUCGCGGCAACCUUAGCGAUUUCGUCAAGAACCUGGAGAAUCAACGGGCCAAGAGCCAAACCACUGGCAAGCCGAUUCCCAAUCAGCAGGCCAAGCGCAACGAUAACGAGCACUUUCUGAUGCUGAACAAGGGCAAUAACUUUGAGGAAAAGAACGGCAAUGACAACAGCAGCGAGAGCAAUGGCAAGAAGAGCACACCCUCGCAGUCGCAAUCCCAGCCGGAUGGCGAGUGCAGUGAGCUCAUACGCAAAUUCGAAGCCAAAUAUAAGGUGGAUUCGGAGAAGGAAAAGGCCCAUGCCCAUGGCCAUGGCCAUGCACACGCCCAGUCCCAGGAGGAUGAUAAAGAGUCGCCCACCGAGCAGGAGCAUUCGACGGGCAGCAGCGAGGAGGUCUCCUCGUCCGGGGGACUGGACAAUCACUCGGCCAGCGGCAGCCACUCGCCGCCGAAGCCCAUGCCGCGCACCUCGCGCAACAAUUCCCUGCCGGAGGCCAGCGAUUCCGCUGGGGAAAGCAGCAGCACCACCACGCCUCGUCCGAGGCCACGCACCACCGCUGCGUCCGCCUACAAGCCACGACUGGGUCCCAAGCCCUUCUCCAGCACCACAGGUGACGUGUCGUUCGACAAGGUUUUCGCCGUGCCCCUGGCACCGGGAUCCCAUGAGAAUAUCUCGAACGUGGGCCAGGACAGCGCAGUGGAGAUGUCACCCGCCCAGGGGGCCAAACCGGAUCUCAUUGUGGAAAUCGAAAUCAAAAAGAAGCACGAAAGAGAACCCGCGGUGGCCGGCAAUGGAGUCCAGAAAUCGCUGACCACUUCGGAGCGUCGCAAGUCCUCGGCUGACGAUGAUGAAUCAUCCGACAAGAUAUUCGAGCAGAACUCGGAGUCGUCGGAGAACUCCACGGAGGGCGAGGAUCGCACGGAUGCGGAUCUACGACGGUUCUCCUCCUCCCGGAGCAGCUUUGCCGAGCGCCGGCGUAUAUAUGAGAAUCGAUCCAAGAGUCAGGUGGACGAGAAGCCCCAGUCGCCAGUGCCAUUACGUCGCGAGCACUCCAAGGUGGAGCCACUGAAGCCCAGCCAACAGCAACAGCAGCAGCAGCAGCAGCAGGGCAAUGUGAUCGACACCAAACGCAUUUCGGUGCCGGAGGGCAAACUCAUGGAGGAGCAUCGCCGAGGAAACGGGGCUGGACUAAAGAAAUCGGCCACGGAGACGGCCUUUAGUGCCGCCAGCACCAAGCGCACCUCCACCGUCUUCGGCAAGGUGUCCAAGUUCCGGCACUUGAAGGGCACUCCCGGCCACAAGUCCACGCACAUCGAGAACUUGCGCAACCUGAGCCGCCAGAUACCGGGCGAAUGCAAUGGCUUUCAUGCCAAUCAGGAGCGCGUUGCAGUGCCGCUUUCGGGACCCGGCGGCAAGAUAGCCAUCUUCGAGUUGAGCCGACCGGGCCGGCUGCCCGAUGGCGUCAUUCCCUCGCUCGUGAACGGCAGCAACAUCAUGGACUUCCAGUGGGAUCCGUUCGAUGCCCAGCGUUUGGCCGUGGCCUGUGACGAUGGCAUCGUCAAGCUCUGGCACAUUGAAGCCGGUGGAUUGAGUGAGCCGACAAACACACCGGCCGGCGAGCUGAUCGCUCACCUGGACAAGAUCUACUUUAUACGCUUCCACCCGCUGGCCGCCGAUGUUCUGCUGACCGCCAGCUAUGACAUGACCAUCAAGCUGUGGGAUUUGCGCACCAUGAGCGAGAAGUGCUCGCUGUCGGGCCACACGGAUCAGAUCUUCGACUUUGCCUGGAGUCCCUGCGGCCGGCUGGGCGCCACCGUGUGCAAAGAUGGCAAGAUCAGGGUGUACAAUCCGAGGAAAUCGGAGACGCCCAUACGGGAGGGCAAUGGACCAGUGGGCACACGCGGAGCUCGUAUAACCUGGGCGCUCGAGGGGCAUUACAUUGUCUGCACUGGCUUUGAUAAGGUUUCGGAGCGACAGAUUAGCGUGUACAAUGCCCAAAAGCUGUCGGCGCCAUUGAACACGGCCAGUUUGGAUGUGUCCCCCUCGAUACUGAUCCCCUUCUACGACGAGGACAGCUCCACUCUGUUUGUCACGGGCAAGGGCGACUCGACCAUCUACUGCUACGAGAUCACCGACGAGGAGCCGUACAUCUGCCCGCUGUCGCACCAUCGCUGCACCUCGCUGCACCAGGGCCUCAGCUUCCUCACCAAGAACCACUGCGACGUGGCCAGCGUGGAGUUCUCGAAGGCCUAUCGGCUGACCAAUACCACCAUUGAGCCCCUCAGUUUCACAGUGCCCCGCAUUAAGAGCGAGCUGUUCCAAGACGACCUCUUCCCACCCACACGCAUCACCUGGAGCGCCACGCUAAGCGCCGAAGAUUGGUUUGCCAGCAACGACAAGGCGGCUCCCAAGGUCAGCCUCAAGCCAGAGGGCAUGGAGACAUUAUCUUCCAUACAGCAAGUGCCAGCGCAGCCCAUUAAAAAGCCCGAUCAUGCCCAGUUCGGUGGCCAGAAGUCCGAGUACGAGAUCAACAAACAACAGGAGAUCCAGAAAUCGGUUAGUGCGCGCAUGGAGUUCACCACCAAGCUGGAGCAGGACGACAUGGAGGGCGUGGACGAGAACGAGUGGCAGGAGUAGCAGUGUAGCCAGCGUCUGCGGCGGACAUGAACCAUGGAAAUCAGUUCACAAUUUAGCGUUUAACCAAGGGGCGUAAUUUUUUUUACCAAUCUAGACAUGACGCGGCAUCAUGACAAAACAGCAAAAAGCAAACAGCAAAAUGUGCUCGACAAACAUAUAUAUAUAUAUAUGUAGAUAUAUAUAGACUUGUGGCUCGAGCCUAUAUAGAAAACUCGUAGUAAAGCCGAAAGUAAAAAACUAACACAGUAUCCUUAUCCCCACACUUAAGUACACACACCCUCAUCCCUCAUUCAUCAUACAUCAUUCAUCAUUGAUUAUUGACAAUUCAUCACCAUCAUCAUACCCUGCAUUUAGUUCCUCGCUUCUCCGCCAAUCACUGCAGUUGCUCAAUAAUUGCCAAAUUACACAUCAUAAGCCAGUUUUGUUCGUUUUGUUUAACGUUUAUUUUUGUGUGAAGUUUUUUUUUUUGUACUUUAUGUGAGUAUUUUUUUGUAUUUUUGAUUUACCCAUACAUAUAUAUGUUCGUGUUUUUUGUGUGCUAUUUAAGUAGUUAGUCCAAAAUUAGUUUAGCCUAUUUAGGUGUUUACACUUACGAUUAAUUUCCUGGGUUCUCCUGUGUCCUCCAGAUUGUGUGGCCAUAUAGGAAAAGUGAGGAGAAGGACUUUUAGCUGAUACUUCUUUUACAUAUACGCAUAUGUAUUGUGUAUUGUAUUUCCCUCUCAGUUUUUUUCAUGUCUGCAUGCCAAUGAAUGAGUGAGAGAGAGCGAGAGAGAGAGAAUAAGAGAGAGGGAGUGUGUGUGUAUGUGUGUCUUUGUCUGUCUGUCCCUGAUCUUUCACAUAAUUUCACCCACUUUCUACCAGCCCACUCCAUCCCAAUCCAAUCCAUUAUCCCAAGAUAAACCCGCCCAAAUCGAGCCGAUGAUGUCCACCGCCCCGCCCCCCUCAAAUAAACAUCUCUUCUAGUCUUUCGCAUCGCUCGAUCCCAUCGAUCCCCUCGAGAACCGCCAUUCAUUCCCUAAAACAUAUAGACUGUAGCCAAAAAAAAAAAAACAAGAAAAUAUUACUGAUAAUUACAAUCAAGCCAGACAAUUUUUAUACUGUAUAAUGCGUAAAUCAAACAUACUGCAACAGCCGAAUCAAACCGAAAAGACAUGCAAAUAACAAUUCCAAAAUGUAUAACGAAAAGACUUGAACAGCGGAUGGGUCAGUUGCCCAGCUGCCCAUCUCCAUCCUCUGAAUCCUCCUGCACCCCAAACAUCCCCUACUAACGCAAAAUAUUAAAAAAAAAAAGAAAACAGGAAAGAGGAAAGAAAAUGUGGAAAAUUAGAAAGGGGAGAGUAAUAGGUUGCCAUUUAAAACGUUUGCAGUACGUUUUGUAAACGGAAGGCAAUAGAACGUAACUCGAGUAGCAUACCCAUAGGCAAUAACGUUUUGUACUUGCAAUAGAAUUAUACAUUUACACAUAUACAUGAUAUAUUAUAUAUUUUGUAUACCAAUCGUAACUACACAGGCCAAGAACUCGAACUCCUGGCUAAAAACGACUGAUCCAAACCACAAAGGGCGAAUAGCGUGGCAAAUUCAAAUUUAAAUCUUUCAAAACAGACCAACAACCAAUUCUCGGGUAACGGGCAAUAUUGUGCUAGACAAGGUUCUAUUAUACAGAUAUAUAUAUAUAUAUAUAUAUAUAUAUAUAUACCAUACGCAUAGUUAUAGGCAUAUAUAUACGUCGCAAAGCCAAUUCCAGCAAUUCCAAAUCGAAGUCCAAGUUGCAUUUAACUCCAAACGCCAUGGAACGACUGACAGACAAGUAUUUGCUAAACAUUCUGAUCUUAACUAAUCUGAUCUGGUCUGCCCCGCCCCCAUGACUAGUACUUAUGUCAGAGAUUAUCCCAAAAAAAAAAAAAAAAAAUGAUGAAUUUCAAGAGGUUGGCAAGGGUUCUAUUGAGAUCCUAUGUUCAAAAAAGAAAAGAAAAGAAAACCCAUCUCCAAUUCCAAUCCCCCGAACCGACCGUCAGCCCGCAGAUAUUAUGUCAUUCUGUAUUUAUUAGCCAUAUUCGAUUACGAUUUUCGAACGUCUCUCUUAUUUAUAUUUAUAUUUAUAUAUAUCUAUAACAAUACCAAUAUACGAAAAUACAACUUCAAGCGAUAUAUAAUACGAUGAUAAACGA